AUGCUACAAACAAAAGCACUGGCAUCCACUUUGUGGAAGCCGUCCAUGAGACUGGUCGUCUUGAAUGCUCUGAGAGCAAAUGGUCCUGUCUUGCCCCAAAUGAGAACUUACUACGAAGGUGAUCGUGGGAGAGGUGGUGGACAACGAGGUGGCCGUAGUGGGGGGUAUAGUCGUAACUUUAACCCCAAGUUCCAGAAUAAGGAUUCUGGUGGCGGCGGCUACAGAAACAAUAGAAGGUUUCAACCAAGAGGUGAAGAACAAGAGGCUACCUUAGGUUCCUCUUCUCAGUUUACCAAGAAGAUUAUCCGUAUCCCACAGGAGGAAGCACUCGCUACCAAUGCUGUCACUUUGGACAGUCUCUUGGAGGAAGGUAUUAUCGAUACCAUGCUACAUAAAUCUAUCUCGAGGAUGAAUUUCCCCGGUUUGACUCCCGUUCAACAACGUACCAUUAAACCUAUCUUGACUACUUCUACUUCGGAUGAUGUUAUUGCUAGGGCUAAGACUGGUACGGGGAAAACAUUUGCAUUUUUAAUUCCCAUGUUUCAACAUUUGAUUAAUACUAAAUUGGAUAGCCAAAAUAUGGUGAAAUGUGUUAUCGUCGCACCAACAAGAGAUUUAGCAUUGCAGAUUGAAGCUGAAGUGAAGAAAAUUCAUGAUAAUAAUUAUGGCUUGAAGAAGUUUGGAUGUGUUUCACUGGUCGGUGGGACCAAUUUUGGGAUGGCCAUGAGAAAGAUGGAUCAAUUAAGACCAAAUAUCAUUAUUGGGACUCCCGGUAGAUUGAUUGAUGUUAUGGACAAAUACUCUGAUAAAUUUUUCAAAUAUGUGGAUUUUAAGAUUUUGGAUGAAGCUGAUAGAUUAUUGGAAAUUGGAUUUAAAGAAGAUUUGGAAUAUAUUUCAAGUACUUUGAAUAGAAUUAAUGCUGUCGGCAAGGAUCAUAUCAGAACAUUAUUGUUUUCUGCUACAUUGGAUGAAAAAGUUCAAGUCUUGGCUAAUAAUAUUAUGAACAAAGAACAAUGUCUUUUCUUAGAUACUGUGGAUAAGAACGAACCAGAAGCUCACGAAAAGAUUGAUCAGGCCGUGGUACUAACAGACCAUUUUGCUCAUAACAUUUAUGCUGCCAUUGAACAUUUAAGAUUGAAAAUUAAAGAAGACCCAGAAUACAAGACAAUUGUCUUCACUCCAACCGUUAAAUUCACCAAGUUUUUCUCCCAAUUAUUGAAGAAAGAAUUUGGAAGUCAAUUACCAAUUUACGAAUUCCAUGGUCAAAUUGAACAAAGAAGAAGAACACGUAUAGUGGGGGAUUUCAAGAGAGUAAAAGCUGGUCUUUUAGUUUGCACUGAUGUUGGUGCCCGUGGUAUGGAUUUCCCUAACGUUAAAGAAGUUAUUCAAGUUGGUGUUCCAUCUGAAUUGGCUAACUAUAUUCAUAGAAUCGGUAGAACCGCUCGUAGUGGGAAAGAAGGUUCCUCCACUCUAUUCAUUUGUAAAUAUGAGCUACCUUUCAUCGAAAGAUUGAAAUUUGAGAAGAAAAUCGUUAUUGAAAAUAAAACUAAUUAUACACCACCUGAAGAUUUGAAGACUGAAUUUGCUGACCUGAUUAAGGAUUAUUAUGAUUUUGGUGACGUCUUAAUAAGUAUAAUAUCAUCUUACAGAGCUUGUAUUAGAGAAUAUGGAUUCCGUGAUAGAGAAAUAUUACCUGAUAUUGCUGCUAGUUAUGGGAUACUUCUAAAUGAUCCAGAACGUAAGAUUCCAAUUCAAAGCAGAGGUUUCUUAGAAAAGAUUGGAUUUGCACGUAAUCCAUUAGCUCGUAAGAUGUUCCAAGUUGAAGGUGAAAGUUAUGACAGUAGUGCAGCUGAUGAAGGUGACGAAGAAUAUUCCGGAAGAGGCGGUUAUAGAAGAAAUAACUAUAACAAUCGUUCCUCAUCAAGGGGACAUUCGAACACGAGGUUUGAUCGUGGUGGAUCUCGUAACAACUUCGAUAGACCACAAAGAUAUGGUAAUAAGAGCUAUGGUGGUGGUAGCUCUGAAGGGCAUAACCCACGUUUUGAUGACAAUUAA